AUGUGUUCUUUGAAUUUGUUCCCUGCACCUCUUGCUCGUGGAGAUAUGAUGCUGUAUGAACACAACAAUAAAAUGAUGCCAUGGCAUACAAGUAGCAGCCCACCCUCUUCAUUUAAUAUUUCUCUGGUAAAUGUUCUAGAAAUUACAAUUCCUCUGGAUUUAGUGAAGGUUCCGGGCAGAAUGGAAAUGAGCAGCAAAGCUGCUUUUAUUCAUCAUAAGGAGAGUGUGUGGAAGAGAUGUUUGAAUUCAUGGAAGCAAAUGGGUCUUGCUGGAAUGCUUGAGGAGAUAUCUAACUCAGAAGGAGAAGUGCCCCAAUGUUUGUGUCGUGUGUCUUGCUGCUGUCUUGCUUUAUGUCGCUGGUUUUCCUCUUUCCAUGGGUCACUGUUCCCACACCUGUCAAUGAAAAGUGAAGAUCUAACAGCAGAAUUCUCCCAAGGUCGUUACUGGACCACUUGUUCGCUCAGAACUUUAGCUUGGCAUCCACACACAAACAAGUUUGCUUUGGCUCUCGUAGAUGACUCCAUUCGAAUAUAUGCAACAGGAAGCUCAGUCACACCAAUAUUAAAGCAUCGCCUACAGAAGGAUGUGGCCAGCAUGGCAUGGAAGCCUUUGUGUGCAUCUAUAUUAGCUGUAGCCUGUCAGAGCUGUGUAAUUGUGUGGCAUGUAGACCCAACCUCCUUAUCAACAAGGCCUUCUUCUGGCUGCUCACAGAUCCUUUCACACCCAGGUCACAGUCCAGUCACUAGUGUUUGUUGGUCUCCUAAAGGUGGGGUGUUGCUGUCUUCAUCUCCUGUGGACACUGCCAUGUUGGUGUGGGAUGUGUCUACUGAGACCUGUGUACCACUUCAGAGAGUUGGAGGAGGAGGUGUUACAUUCUUGUCUUGGUCUCCUGAUGGCAGCAAGGUGCUUUCUGCUACACCAUCUCCUGUGUUCAGAGUAUGGGAGACCCAGAUGUGGACAUGUGAGCGAUGGCCAACACUCAAAGGCCGUUGUCAAACUGGCUGCUGGAGCCCAGAUGGAAGUCGCCUACUGUUUGCAGUGCAGGGAGAGUCUGUAAUAUACAGUCUGUCCUUCACUGCUCCGGAAGGUGAGAUGCACUGUUCUGUUGGUGGAAGUCGAAGUGCAACAGUGGUCGCUGAUGUAUCUGAGACUGUUUUCGACACAGAAAUGGGGGAAAUCAGAAUCGGUGGAGAAAUCCAGUCUAUGGUUUGGGAUCCGAGUGGAGAGAGACUUGCUGUGCUGUUGAAAGAGAACCGCAAUGAUAAUACAAGUGAAUCCGUGAUUGCUGUUUACAGGACAAAGAACAGUCCCAUAUUUGAGCUGCUUCCUUGUGGCUUCCUUCCAUGCAGAGUGGGUGAGGAUCCGCACUUUAUGCAGUUUCAUCCUUGUUUCCCAAAAGGGGCGCUACUCACUGUGCUCUCAAGUUCUGGUCGCCUCUCCCAUGUGCCCUUCUACUUUGUGAAUGCACAGCAUCCGCGGUUUAUUCCAGAGACUGAAACCAUGGCGCUGGCUGAUGACAGCAAUGCAAAAGGCACACCUUUGCUUUUUACACAAAACUAA